AUGGUGUUUUACAGCGGCCAAGAAGAACUCGACAAUCUUGUCUGGGAUAGAAAUGACGAGGAUUCUGAGGCAGCGCAGAAUCAACUGAGGCUUAAAACCUUCUGCCGUCGAGUGGAAGAGUUUGUCCAGCAUCAAUUUGGCAAACCAGCAACACUCAUUUCGCCCUUGAUCUUUAGAGGGUUCAACGUUCUUUACCGAGUGCAGGUGGAAGAAAUGUCGCCUCAUGUUAUGGUUCGACUUCCAUGCCCAAGCCUCGUUCAGUUCCCUGGUGAGAAGACAAUGUAUGAGGCAGCGACAGCUUGUCUUGUGGCACAAGAGACCAAGUUGCCGGUUCCGCGCCAUUUACACUUCGGCCAAGACUCGGUGUUAGGUCCCUUUAUCAUCAUGGAGCGACGAGAGAAUAGUGGGAGCAUAUCUGCCAGGCUAACACGGCCAAAUAAAGACUUGUCAGUGCCCCACGUCCUUGACCCAAACGUAUUUGAGUCUCUUUUGCAUGUUAUCUGGCAAAGAGUAGCGCAUUGUUUGUUGGCAAUGUCCCAACUAGCUUUCCCAAGGAUUGGAUCUCUGCUCCAAACUCAUCCUCAUAUCUAUGAAGUUUCCGGUCGUCCAUUGUCUCAUAAUAUGACCGACAUGGUUCGUCUAGCAAACAUACCAAGAUGUAUCUUGCCUCCAGAAAGCCAGACUUACACAGGUACGGAUGAAUGGUACACCGUCCUGGCAGAGAUGCAUAUUGCACAACUCGUAUUUCAGCAUAACGACCUUGUUACUUCUGAAGACGACUGCCGGAAUAAAUAUGUAUCGCGGCAAAUAUUUCGCCGACUGGCCAGGCAUGGCAAAUUGUCGAGCUUCGGGUUUGCUGAAGAUACUUGGUCAUCACAGUCAUCUCAGAUUUUGCCAGAAACACUAUCACCAUGCCCUUCUAACUCUGGACCUUUCCGGCUAUGGGGAGAUGACUUUCGCGCAGGUAACAUCCUGCUUGACGACUCGGAUCAGAUAGCUGCUCUAAUUGACUGGGAGUAUACAUAUGCUGGGCCAACGCAAUUUAUUCUUGAUCCGCCCUGGUGGUUGCUACUUGAGACCGCAGAAAUGUGGUCACCGGAUCUCAACGACUGGAGGCAAACCUAUGAGUCUCGUUUGGGCAUUUGGCUUUCGGCUAUGGAGAAAGCAGAAGCCAGCAUGGGCACACCAGCCUAUAACACUUUCCCAGUACCCCUAUCUAGCUAUGCGGCCCGUAAGAGUUGGGCAUUUGACUCUAUGUACUGGAACUUCCUAGAUGAGAGGUUCUUUGGUCAUCGGGAUCCUGGCGCGGUGAAAGGCGAUCUCUGGAAGACACGGAUUGACUUGUUGAGUGAUGACGAGAGAGCUGCCAUGGAGCCCUUUGUACAGAGGAAGAUGGCUGAGAGCAAGGAAAGGCGUGUUGUCGAAUGGGAUGAGACUGAGGCACAGAAGCGGUUUUCUGAACUCCUGUUCAAAUAG